AUGGAGCUCCACAGCCUCCGACACCACCACAGCCACCGGACCGACAACAAGCUCCAGAUGCUGAACCUCAACCAGCGCCUGGAGACCUACCUGGGCCGAGUGAGGCUGCUGGAGGAGGAGAACACGCUACUAUGCCAGGAGCUCCAGGCCCUGAGGGGCUGCGGCCAGGGGGGGCGGAUGGGCCUGGAAGACAAGCUGAGCCUGGCCAGGCAGGAGGUGGAGGAAGCCUGGAGGGAGAAGGACCAGGUGGAGCUGGAGCUAGGGAGCCUGGGUGAGGAGCUCCAAGUCCUGGGGCUGCAGAGACAGUGGGAGGCGGACGCCCAUGGGGAGGUGAAGAAGAAGCUGGCAGACAGCAGGAAGGAGAUGGAGGAGGAGAGGAGGGCUCAGAUCUGGUUAAGAGAGAAGGUGAGCCAGCUAGAGAAACAAAUCCAGUUCCAGAUACAAACCCACCAGGAAGAUGUUGCCGGCUUCCAGGCUACACUAAUCCAAGUCAGACCUGCACUGCCACCCCCUCCAUCCCAAACGGGCACCCAGCUGCCCAGCCUCCAGGACCUGGGUGAGGAGUACUCCCAGAUGGCUGUCAGGGCGUGGCAUGAGGCGGCCAUGGUGUUUCAGGGCCAGGUAGACAGCCUGGACGAGUCUCUAAACCAGGCCAGAAGCCGGUUGGCCCAGGUGGGCCAGGAGAAAAUUGAGAGCCAGCUGAAACUUAAGGCCCUGGAGAAUGAGCUGCAAUCAGUCCAGGAUAGAAGGCAGUAUCUGGAGAGGAGUGUGGCCAAACAGAGAGACAGGGAGAGGCAAGAGAUACAAAACCUGCAGGCCCAUCUGGAGGUGUUGGAGAUAGAGAAGGGGGCGUUGGGAAAUCAGAUUGACGCUCUCCUGACAGAAAGUAGGGGUCUGGUGCAGCUGAAGAUGUCUCUAGGCAUGGAGGUGGCCACAUACAGAGCUUUACUGGACAAUGAAAGUCUGACGGGGGAUUUCUCUUCAACAAAUCAGCCAAGGAGUACCUACACAUCUGAUGGAGUGCCCAGCUCUCGAGGGGUUAAGCAAAGCUUCCAGACACAGCUGGCUACCAGUCAGAUGAUCAGUCCCAUCUCUACCUUCCAUAGAGCAAGCCCACGAUCCAAUGUAACAAUGAUGUCCGCAUCACCAAUUUGGACUCAAAACCGGAUAACCCUGAACGAAACACCUGAGAGUUGUCGAAAGACAGAGGAAGAGCAUGUUAACUUUGACUUAGGGUCCAACCGGCAGGUAAGUUGGUCAACGCCUUACCCCAAAGUACCACAGGAUGGAAUUUCAGUCGACCACUUCAGACCCAAAGAUGUCCAUGAAGAAGUCAACUAUGCUGAGCCUCUCUCACCUCCCACUGAAGAGGCAGGAGCUGAUGUUGUAUCUUGGCUUGGUUCUGACCAUAAGGAACAAUCCAUGUGGGAUUUAGAAAAGGAGGAAGAGGAUCAGAACAUAGUCAGAACCUGGGUUGCUGAAGAGAAACCCGUUCUGGAAUCUGCCAUGAGUCACCAGGUUGAGACCAGCUUCAGUAUGCCAACUGUGUUCAGCACUGAUGCUCAAGAGCUCUACAGCCCUUCAGUGAGCUAUGAGAGAGCAGUUUCAGUGACAGGGGCACAUUCUGCUUUCUCAGCGAAUGAUGAUAAUGAUGUACCUUUUGAAAUGUCUUCUGAAAAAGAGGAACCUCUACUAGAUCUGCCUUAUGGUCCCAUGAAUGCAUUGGAGGAAAGAGAUCUUGAAACAGCAAGGAAAGACGCUGAAUGGGUGGGAAAAGAAGGCUUGGAGUCUGAAACUAAAUCAGUGCUAGAACAUGCAUUUGAGACCUUCACAAGCAGUCAAGCUUUUGAGUAUGGGGCGGGGAAAAGUUACAACAAGCCAAAAGAGUUCAACCAAGAGGACAAUAUGUCUUAUGCAUCUAUUCAAGCCUCCCACGGUUCAGAAGAGGCAUUUCACCAUGUUAAAAGAGUGGAGGAAGAUGUUAUUAAUCUCACAAAAGAGGAUGAUGAAAAUGAUAUGUCUAACAAAGAUGAGGAGCAAUUGGAAGAUGAAUUGCGCCCCUAUGGGGCUGAGCUAGAAGGUGACAGCUACGCUCAGGACAACACACUGGCCGACACACACCCCCUGAUUCGUUACAAGAGUGACGAGACGGAUGCCAACACUCAGGCUUCACACAUGGGAGAAAGUGACUCCAGUGAUGGUGAAGAGGACAGGGAGGUUUGCCAGACAGGAACAGGCACCUGGGGCGAAGGCAAGUCCAAACAGUUUGACACCAUGGAGGAUCUGUAUGAAGAGUCAGAAGGGGAUGUCAUAGAUCAGGAAAGUAACAUGGGCUCCACUCACCAAGAGGACAUGGAUGCUAGCCAAACAAAUGAGCAUGCUACACAGGAGAAUGAUGAGGAGAAUGCAGUAGAUCAGUUGAUUCAGAAGACAGAAGAGGAACAAUCCUAUGAGGAACUUACAGAACCUGGAGAGUACUCCAUGGUGUGCUCUGAUGAGGACUAUAAUGAAGAAAGAAUUGAUAGAUUGGUGGAGCAAGACAGUUUAAACAGCAGGCCUGAGAGUCAAACCAAUAUGAACAACUCGGAUAUAGAAGAGUCCAACAGCACAGAUGAUGAGUCUCCAAAUGCAAGCCAGUAUUUGCAACCUGCCAACGAAGCAAAUCUAACUGCAGAUCAGGAAGACUUGUUAGAUGUGGCGGUCUCUCACUAUGAGGAUUGCAAUGCUCUUAUAGAACAUUCUGCAGAGGAGGUCACUAGCUAUCAGGCAAGUCAUGAAUGUCUUCAGACAGACAAAUGGGAAGUCUUAGAAAGUCCAAACAAACACCUGGAAUCUGGAGAUCCUUUUGCAGGUCACAAGAGAGACUCAGAGAGAUCAUCCGAAACUGACAGCAAAGGCCGGGACCGCCACAGCUUCCUCAGCUCUGGUGUACACAGCAACUUCUGGGGUUCCAAUCUGGAGACAGAAGCCCCCUAUCAACCAGAUGAGCCAUAUGACCAUGUGACCGAGCUACCCAAUCAGAACCUGGCCUUGGCUGAUAACCUAUCCUGGGUGGAUUUGGAAUCCACAAUCCACAAUCCACAAUCCAAUUGGAACACAAAGAUGGACAGUGACACACCUAAAGCUUCCACCCUUGAAGAAGAGGACAAACAGAUGCCCUCACAGGUGAAGCAGCUGGUGUGUAGAGAUGUGGUAGAGGGUGUGAAUGUUACUUCUGAAGGUUCUGAAGAUGAGGGAGACUCCAGGUCAUCUGGGGAAGAAUAG